GACUCUUCAUCAGUACGUGUAUCCCAGCACCUCUGAGCUCUCAUCUACAAUGGCCGCCAAGGUUCUGUUCUGUCUCCUCGUCGCCGUCGCCGCCGUCCUGGCCGCCGACCAGCCUGAACUCGCCCGCGAGAAGAAGGCCGUCUACGCCGCCUAUGGCUACCCCUACGCUUCCCCCGCCGUAGCUUACGCUGCCCCCGCCGCAUACGCCCCCGCUGCCUACGCCGCCCCCGCCGCCUACGCUGCCCCCGCUGCCUACGCUCCCGCUGCCUACCCCUACGCUGCUGCCGCCUACCCCUACGCCGCCGCUGCCUACCCUUACUCCGCCUACCCCUACGCCGCUAAGGUCGUCUACUAGACUUCUAUCUCCGAAAUCCUUGCCCGGCCAUAAAUUUUGAACUUCAAAAUAUUUCAUCAAUUGGUCUCUUUCUCGCCAUGUGUUCACUUCAGUCACCAAAUUAAACAGUUAUCUCUUA